AUGAUACAGAAACUUCAGAAUAGUCCAUAUAAGCAACUGCCUACAGGUCAUAUACGAUUACUUCGAAUCUCUACAAAUGCCUCAGAUCAAAAUGUCGGAUACCUUGAAGCCGUACCGCUGGAGGAAGCACCGCCUUUCUACGCUCUCAGUCACACUUGGGGGACCCAGACUUGCAAACAAGAUAUCCAAAUCCAUGGCUAUACCCUAAGCAUUACGACCGAACUUGCCUAUGGCAUUCGAAGAUUUCAGCAGCUUGCUAUAAACGGCUCAGCUCUCGAUCCACCGCUGCUACAUAUGUGGAUCGACAAUCUUUGCAUAGACCAAAACAACAUUCCCGAAUGUUCCACUCAAGUUGGUCUUAUGAGAAAGAUUUACUCACGCUCUGUCAGAACCCUGAUCUGGCUUGGAGUGGACCAUGGUUCCCACUCCACGGGAUGGGACUUGGUCGAUCAAAUCUAUGCCGAAUUCCGGUCUCUGCACCCUACUGUCAGUAACCCGGGCCAAAUUCCAGUCAAGGCCUAUUCCGACGCGUCGCAUGCUGUGUCCAAACUGCCCGCGUGGGAUAAUGAAGCCUGGGGGCAGAUGAAAAGCCUUCUUGACCUUCCCUGGUUCACGCGAAUUUGGAUUGUGCAAGAAGUUGUGUUAUCUUCACAGGAUCCCAUCAUCGUUCAUGCGCAACGUCUAUUUCCAUGGCAUCGUCUUGGAUGGGCAGCCGGCUGGUUGAGAAGAAAUGGAUAUCUCCGGUUAUCUCAACUUUCUAAAAACUUUCUCAAUGUCAACACAAUCAGCAACAUUCGACGAUCCAAAAGCCUUUGGCCAUUGGAUGCAUUGCUAUCUUGUACCCAGAUCAAGUUCAAUGCCACGAAUCAAAGGGAUAAAGUAUAUGCGGUCCUGGGAAUAGCAGCAGAAUGCGAGAAUUCGGCCGAGGUUCCAGAAGCUUUGCGCCCAGAUUACAGUCUUGAGACCGAAGAGAUAUACCAGAAAGUUGCCCGCUUCUUAUUGCAACGCAAUGGCUCCCUCGCUAUCUUGACCCGUGCCCGUGGUACCGCCGGAAGUCUAUCGAGGAAACAGAGAUUACAUGACCUCGAAAAGCUGCCAUCGUGGGCCCCUGACUGGAGUGACUAUCGGGUAUCUAACAACGGUAUUCGGACAAGCUUUUCCUGGAUACACUACACAAACCCGGAAGAGCCUGUCAUGUUUGGGUUUCCUAAACAAUACGCUGCGGCUAUUGACAAACGACUAAAACUCUUUGAUAACCAAGGCGGUUCAACUCUGGCUGUCGGAGGCGCAAUAGUUGGAGAUAUUGUGCAGAGGGUUUCUUUUAGCAACAACGAACAGACCAAAGAAGAUUUCGGGUCCUUCCUCGACUCCAGACUUGAAUCCAUCUGGAAUUUGGCGUUCUCAACCUUGAAGCCAACAGACGAGGGAGGUCUGGAGCGUUUGGCAGCUUGCUUGAUCAAGGUCACCACUGCCGAUCAACACGGACUCACUGGGCGAACGUGGGAACAAAGCUUUAAGGAUGGAUUGACCUACAUACUGCGUCUUUUCGAAAAGGCCAACACGAAUGCGACAGUCAGAAUGGCUGGAAGCGACAACCCACAAGCUGUGGCUCAUCUACGACGUCUUGCAUCAGGUGGAGAUGCUGAAGAGUAUAGGGUCUUGGCAGGGACAUUUGGCUUCAACAGAUGUUUCAUCGUCACUUCUACAGGGCAUAUUGGCAUUGGGACUUCCGAUGCACAAAUAGGUGAUUAUGCUUCGAUUAUAUUUGGCAGCGGAGUUCUGUAUGUUAUCAGGAAGACGGGUCAUGAAUUCACUUUCGUUGGUGAGCUAUAUCUUGACGGCUAUAUGGAGGGACAGGGACUACAGGUUGAAGAGCAAAUACUGAGACUUACUUGA